AUAGACAUUCACAGAAUGCCUUAUUUCACAAGACUCAUUUUGUUCUUGUUUUGUCUGACGGCUCUUGUGGAGAGCAGAAAGCCCAAGAGGAGGAGAUGGACAGGGCAGCUGGAAAUGCCCAAGCCAAGUCACCUAUAUAAGAAGAACCUUGACGUGACCAAAAUCCGCAAGGGAAAACCUCAGCCACUUCUCAGAGUGGAGGACCACGAUUUCUCCAUGAGGCCUGCCUUUGGAGGCCCCGCUAUCCCGGUAGGCGUGGACGUGCAGGUGGAGAGCCUGGACAGCAUCUCAGAGGUGGACAUGGACUUCACCAUGACCCUGUACCUGCGGCACUACUGGAAGGAUGAGAGGCUGGCCUUUCCCAGCACCAGCAACAAGAGCAGGACCUUCGACGGCCGGCUGGUAAAGAAGAUCUGGGUCCCCGACGUCUUCUUUGUUCACUCCAAACGGUCCUUCACCCACGACACCACCACUGACAACAUCAUGCUGAGGGUGUUUCCGGACGGGCACGUGCUCUACAGCAUGAGGAUUACGGUCACUGCCAUGUGCAACAUGGACUUCAGCCACUUUCCCCUGGACUCCCAGACCUGCUCUUUGGAGCUGGAAAGCUAUGCAUAUACAGAUGAAGAUCUGAUGCUGUAUUGGAAGAAUGGGGAUGAAUCCCUGAAAACCGAUGAGAAGAUCUCCCUGUCCCAGUUUCUGAUCCAGAAAUUUCACACCACUUCCAGACUGGCCUUCUACAGCAGCACUGGCUGGUACAACCGUCUCUACAUUAACUUCACGUUGCGACGCCACAUCUUCUUCUUCUUACUCCAAACCUACUUCCCUGCCACCCUGAUGGUCAUGCUGUCCUGGGUGUCCUUCUGGAUCGACCGCAGAGCUGUGCCCGCCAGAGUUUCACUGGGUAUCACCACCGUGCUGACCAUGUCCACCAUCAUCACGGGCGUGAACGCCUCCAUGCCCCGCGUCUCCUACAUCAAGGCGGUGGACAUCUACCUCUGGGUCAGCUUCGUGUUCGUGUUCCUGUCGGUGCUGGAGUACGCAGCCGUCAACUACCUGACCACUGUGCAGGAGCGCAAGGAGCGGAAGCUGCGCGAGAAGUUCCCGUGCAUGUGUGGAAUGCUUCACUCAAGAACCAUGACGCUGGAUGGAAGCUACAGUGAGUCUGAGGCCAACAGCCUGGCCGGGUACCCAAGAAGCCAUUUUCUGACAGAAGAAGAAAGACAAGACAAAAUAGUGGUCCACCUGGCUCUGAGCAAUGAAUCUAACUCCUCCAGGAAGAAGGGGCUUUUGAAGGGCCACAUGGGUCUUCGCAUCUUCCAGAACACCCACGCCAUUGACAAAUACUCCAGGUUGAUAUUUCCUGCCUCUUACAUAUUUUUCAACUUAAUUUAUUGGUCAGUGUUUUCCUAG